CAAGUCUCUGCAAAUGAUGUUUGCUCGUUGAAAAUAUUGUCAAGGUGGCUUAAUGGGUCAUAAUUGCACGUAUUGUCUCUGCAGGGGGGGCGGGGGGGGGAUCACUGAUGUGCAGCUGACUUUACCCAACUUUAACCCAUCAGUGUCGAUUGCCGCAGCCUGAAAGUAACAAUUCUGUCGCAACAGAUGAAAUGUCUCCUUUGAGGUUGAUGUCACACAUGAUUCACGACUGGAGAUUUAUUUAUUUUUUUUUUUGGAGGGAGUGGGGGGGGGGGUUCACUUUGAUGGGUCUCAUCAUUUGCCCGCAUGUUGUCUGGCAGCGGCUCAAAGCAGCGGAGUUGACAGAAGGUAAUCCUCGCCAUGUGAGGCCUCGGCCCCGCUGUGCAGGAGGCGGGGUGUGCAUCAUUGAGACCUGUGGCUGCUAUAAAAAGAGGGGAAGUUGCAAGUCACCCAACUUGAAGCCGGCACACAUUUUUUAGGGGGGUUGGCGGGAGGGGGGGGUGGGCGCAUGAUGAACACCAUGAAGGCCGUCAAGAACGCGCUGGUGUGCCUGGUGCUUCUGCCCCGCUUCCUGCUGGCCGCGCUCAUGUUUUGGCUCCUCGACUUUCUGUGCAUCCGGAGGAGGUUUUUCCUCCGGAUGAAAGAGCGGGAGGAGAGCGACACCAUGGACCCUCCUCUGUGCAUCUCCGACUCCAACCGCUUCUUCACGCUGGACUCCCUCAAGGCGGUGUGGCACGGACACAAGCUGGACCUCCUCAAGGCGGCGCACCUCGGCCGCGGCGCGCCCAACACUGAGGUGGUGCGGCUGGAGGACGAGCGGCGCGGGCGCAUCCUGGACUUCGCCCGCGAGAGGAGACCGCUCAUCCUCAACUUCGGCAGCUGCACUUGACCCCCCUUCAUGGCGCGCCUCAAGGCGUUCCAGGGGCUGGUGCUGGACCACGCCGACAUCGCCGACUCGGUGCUGGUGUACAUCGAGGAGGCGCACCCGUCGGACGGCUGGGUCAGCACCGACGCGCCCUAUCAGAUCCCCAAGCACCGCUGCCUGGAGGACCGGCUCCACGCGGCGCAGCUCAUGCGCUCCGAGGCGCCCGGGUGCCCGGUGGUAGUCGACGGCAUGGAGAACCCCUGCAACGCCGCGUACGGCGCCUACUUCGACAGACUCUACAUCCUGCAGGAGGGCAAGAUCGUUUACCAGGGGGGCAGGGGACCCGAGGGCUACCGGAUCUCCGAGCUCAGAGACUGGCUGCAGCGGUACCGGGAAAAGCUGGUGCGAGGCAGCAGUCUGGUCAUUCAUGUGUAGACGCACGUAGAGCUGCUAGGAAACAACUGAAAUGCUGCAAAUUCGGGGUAGAAAAACUCCUCUUCAAUCCUACUGUAGUAUUUUGUUUGUGUGUGAGUCUCCCUCCACGCCGUUUUUUU